ACGCGUACUCGCGUAAUAAAAGCGCGUGUGUACUUGCCUUUCGCUGCGUGCUACUGCUCUACUCCGUCUGGCUUUCUUUCCUCUCAUCUAGAACACUGGUUGUUGUAUAUUCGUAAUGGCUGCCGCGAACCUCGGCUCCGCGAUGGACAUCGAUGAGGCUGCAAUUGACGAGGGCUUGUACUCUCGUCAGCUCUACGUUCUCGGCCAUGAAGCUAUGAAGCGCAUGGCUGCAUCCAAUAUCCUGAUCGUCGGGGUGAAGGGUCUUGGUGUUGAGAUUGCCAAGAACGUUGUACUGGCUGGGGUCAAGUCUGUUACGAUCUACGAUCCCGAGCCAGUAACAAUCCAAGACCUCAGCAGUCAGUUCUUCCUGCGUGAGGAGGACAUUGGCCGGCCUCGUGCUGAGGCUGCAGUGCCGCGCCUGGCCGAGCUCAACGCGUAUGUUCCCGUGCGCAACCUCGGUGGACAGCCCGGCAAGGAGAUCACCGUUGACAUGGUGAAGGGCUUCCAAGUCGUGGUAUUGUGCGGAGUAAGCCUGCAUGAGCAAUUGGAAAUCAACGAUUGGACUCGUGCAAAUGGCGUCCACUUCAUCUCUGCCGAGACACGGGGUUUGUUCGGUUCCGUAUUCAACGACUUCGGCUCGAGAUUCACUUGCGUGGAUCCUACUGGCGAGCAGCCACUAACUGGCAUGAUUGUUUCCGUUGACCGAGACACGGAAGGCCUUGUAACAUGCCUUGAUGAGACGCGUCAUGGGCUUGAAGAUGGCGACUUUGUCACUUUCACCGAAGUACAGGGUAUGACUGAGUUGAAUGGAUGCGAACCCCGCAAAGUUGCUGUCAAGGGACCAUAUACCUUCACAAUAGGUGAUACCUCGAACCUCAGCGAAUACAAGGCUGGAGGGAUCUUCACACAGGUCAAGAUGCCCAAAAUCCUUGAAUUUAAAAGCCUUCGGGACUCAUUGAAGAACGCUGAGCUCUUCAUGACUGAUACUUCCAAAUGGGACCAUCCUGCCUCUCUGCACGCCGGUUUCCAGGCUCUGCACGAGUUUCAGGCGCAAUAUCAACGACUGCCGCGUCCGAGAAACGCUGAAGAUGCUGCUACCCUUGUUGCACUUGCGAAGAAUAUUGACGCUGACAUCAACGAGAAACCCGUCACAGAGCUGGCAUACCAGGCUAUUGGCGACGUGACGCCCGUGGCGGCCGUCGUCGGAGGUUUCGUCGCGCAAGAGGUGCUCAAGGCGUGUUCCGCCAAAUUCACGCCAAUGGUGCAGCACUUGUACUUCGACUCGCUCGAGUCCCUCCCAGACACGCUGCCGACUGAGGAGGAUUGUCAGCCAAUUGGUUCGCGGUAUGAUGGCCAGAUCGUCGUCUUCGGUAGGAGCUUCCAGGAAAAGAUCGGAAACCACCGCCAAUUCCUCGUCGGGGCUGGCGCAAUAGGCUGUGAGAUGUUGAAGAAUUGGGGCAUGAUGGGUCUCGCGUCAGGCCCGGGGGGCGCUAUACACGUCACGGACUUGGACACAAUUGAGAAGAGUAACUUGAACCGCCAGUUCUUAUUCAGGCCGAAGGACUUAGGCAAAUUUAAGUCGGAGGUGGCUGCUGCUGCUGUGAUUGAUAUGAACGCAGACUUGAGGGGCAAGAUUAGCAGCAAUCAGGAGCCAGUCGGCCCAGACACUGAGAACAUCUACGACUCGGAUUUCUUUGCUGGCAUUGAUGGCGUGACCAAUGCGUUGGACAAUGUCAAGGCCCGGCUAUAUAUGGACCAGCGUUGCGUAUUCUACUUGAAACCUCUGCUCGAGUCAGGCACAUUGGGCACAAAGGGCAACACGCAAGUGGUCGUGCCCCACUUGACAGAGUCAUACUCGUCUUCUCAAGACCCGCCGGAGAAGGAGACGCCGUCCUGCACGGUUAAGAACUUCCCAAACGCCAUCCAGCACACGAUCGAGUGGGCCAGGACCGAGUUUGACAACAUGUUUGUCAAGCCGGCGCAGGCGGUCAACUCGUACCUGUCUGAGCCGAACUACCUAGAAAACACGCUCAAAUAUUCCGGCCAGCAGAAGGAGCAGAUCGAGCAGAUCGUCUCGUACUUGGUGACCAACAAGCCGCUGACGUUUGAGGAGUGCAUUAUGUGGGCGCGCUUGCAAUUCGAGGAGAAGUAUAACAACUCCAUCCGCCAGCUGCUGUACAGCCUGCCGAAGGACGCGGUGACGAGCACUGGACAGCCAUUCUGGAGUGGCCCGAAGAGGGCGCCCGACGCAUUGACCUUCGAUCCGAACGACCCUAUUCACCUGCAAUUUAUCAUUGCUGCGGCCAACCUGCACGCAUACAACUAUGGUUUACGUGGAGAAUCUGAUCCAGCGCUCUUUAAGAAGAUUGCAGAUGAGGUCAUGGUGCCUGAAUUCACGCCUAAGAGCAAUGUCAAGAUUCAGGUGACCGAGAACGAACCUGUUCAGCAGGAUGGUAGUACAGACUCGACCGAUCUAGGAGAGUUGAUGAGGAAGCUGCCCUCGCCAUCCUCUCUUGUGGGAUACCGUCUCAACCCCGUUGAGUUCGAGAAGGACGACGAUACCAAUUUCCACAUUGACUUCAUUACCGCUGCGUCAAACCUGCGGGCAAUGAACUACAAGAUUCCGGUUGCUGAUCGGCACACAACUAAGCAGAUUGCUGGAAAGAUCAUCCCUGCGAUUGCCACCACGACCUCGUUGAUCACUGGGUUGGUGUGCUUGGAGCUGUACAAGAUCAUUGACGGCAAGAAAGAACUAGAAAAGUACAGGAACGGAUUCGUGAACCUUGCACUGCCGUUCUUUGGCUUCUCGGAGCCGCUUCCCCCGCAGAAGCACAAGUAUGGUAACACGGAGUGGACUCUCUGGGACCGUUUCGAGUUUCACGGUGACCCGACGCUUAAGGACAUCAUGGAGUGGUUUAAGAGGGAGCACAAGCUCGAGAUCACUAUGGUCAGUCAAGGCGUUAGUAUGCUGUGGAGCUCGUUCGUCGGCAAGAAGAAGAGCGAGGAGCGGCUGCCUAUGAAGUUCAGCAAACUUGUCGAACACGUCAGCAAGAAACCGAUUCCGCCACAUAUCAAGCACCUUAUCGUCGAGGUUAUGGUCUCGGAUGAGGAAGGCGAGGAUGUCGAGGUUCCGUUCAUCGUUGUGCAUCUGUAAUUGGACGAACGUCAGAAGGAAUUAGAAGUCCUCAUUGAUCAUGUAGCUAUAUACGUUGUGUUUGCUCUGCAACUCACUGUUCUGUCUUGCACUGUUGAGAAUAACGUUCACUCCCAUGCGGCACUCAUCACCCUAG